AUGCCCUCCCUCCAGCAGAGCAGACUCGCCUUCAUCGGCGGAGGUAACAUGGCCUCCGCCAUCAUCGGCGGCCUCGUGAGCCAGGACAUUAACCCCGCCAACAUCAUCGUCUCCGAGCCUUGGGCCCCCAACCGGGAGAAGGUCGCCGCCCUGGGCGUGCAGACGACGACCGACAACGGCGAGGCCGCCGCCGCCGCCGACGUGGUCGUCAUCGCCGUUAAGCCGCAGGUCACCAAGGCGGUCUGCCAAGACCUCGCGGCCGCCUGGUCGCAGCGCACGACCCUGCCCGUAGUGGUCAGCAUCGCGGCCGGCAUCACCCUGGGCAGCCUGAAGGAGUGGCUGCAGACGGGCGACGGACGCCCGGCGCAUGUGGUGCGCGUUAUGCCCAACACGCCGGCGCUCGUGAAGGAGGGCGCGUCGGGUGCGCUUGCCAGCGCGGAUGUCACGGCCGAGGAGAAGGAGCUGAUCAAUGCGCUGCUUGCGACGGUUAGCAAGGCGACCGAGUGGGUGGAUCGGGAGGAGCUGCUGGAUGUUGUGACGGGUUUGUCGGGAUCCGGCCCCGCGUACUUCUUCGCCAUGGUCGAGCACUUGGUCGCGUCGGCAAUGGGCCUGGGGCUCUCCCAGGAGCAGGCUACGAGACUGGCGGCGCAGACUUGUCUUGGAGCCGGGAAGAUGCUGGUCGAGUCGGAGGAUAGCCCUUCCCAGCUGCGCAAGAAUGUUACCAGCCCGAAUGGCACCACCCAUGCGGCGCUGCAGACGUUCGAGGGGCUUAAGUUCGACGAGAUCGUGGACAAGGCCGUCAAGGCGGCCACGUCUCGCGCGGCAGAGCUGGGAAACACUCUUGGGAAGCUGUAA